UCACCCUGUCUUCCCUUAUCUCGAUAUUUCCCUCACUUUUUUUCUCUCCCUUGCUCUGGCUCUGUCGCUUUUGGAAUCAUCUUAAUUUACCUUAUAUUCGGAAGAUUUUUUUUAUUACGUUACUGGUGGGAGGGUUGAGCUCUUAUUGCUUGGUCUUAUUCCCUAGGAACCAGCAUGAUUGUGUCCCUCCUACUACAGUAUCUUCCAAAUUGCCGCCUCUGAUCAAACCAGCCUGUGGAUCGAGUCUUUUGCCCAUCCUCGUUUUUUGUCUUUCAGCCGUUUCUCUUUUUUGCUGGCUUUCCUGUCUUCGGACGAAGCCAUUCGGGGAUUGUAGCCCCUGCAAGCUGCAGCCUAGGAAAGCCGAGUGUGCAGGGCGAGAAGCUAUUAGUUAUGUAGCGUGAGCAGGGAACACCUCGCAUUGAAUUAGAAGCGGCGGUAGCGGCAUUCCAGAGCCGAGUGAGAGUGACUUUGCGCCCCCGAAAGUCGCUCUGAGGCCAUCUGAAAAGCGAUCCUCUCCGGCGAUUGCUGUUGCGCGCGGCGGCGGCUCGGUGGGUGGGUUGCAUUCGGGGAUUGCUCUCUUUUAGGUUGGCUUUCAGUGUCUAGAACCGCUCUUGCUCGCCACCACCCCUACCGCUUUCCCGCGUUCUCAAAAAAGCAGCCACCGCCCCCUUCCCGUCCCUCUUUCCCGGAUUUCUUUCCUGGGCUAAGCUACUGGAGCGACAGUGGCCGAAGCAGCGGAGGAGCUUUCCCUCCGCAGGAUUUAUGAAUGGCCCUGACAUGGAGGAAAUGCCGUUUCAGAAAGUCAAGAAGAGCAAAAAGACGAGGAAGAAAAAAUGUUGCCGCCGCCGCUGCCGCUGCUGUUGUUGCUGCUGCUCCUUCACACCCGGCCCGCCGUUGGCAACGCAGCCGCCGCCCCCAGUACCUCCAUCGGCUGCAGGCAAUAGUAGCAACGCUUCCGGAGCUGCGGUCGCGGCAGUGAGAACAGUCGGAGUGGGUCCCCCGGUACCCUUCCUGGAUGGCGUCGCCUGUGAGGACCAGUUCGACUGCAAGGAACUGGAAUCGCUCUUCCAGAAUUAUAAUCUGAAACUGGAGCAGACGUCCACACUCAAAGCUCUGGCCGUGCUGAUAGCGCUGACGGCCAGUCUGGCGCUGCUGGAGUUGCUUUCGGGCCCCAGGCUGACUAUUUCCAAGGGCUCCCAUCCGGUACACUGUAUCAUCUUCCUCUCCCUCUUCAUCGUCACCAAUGUUAAGUACCUGCAAGUCACACAGCUGCAGCAGAUAGUGAAGCUCAGCUUGCUUUUCAGCUUUACCUUCGCCUUCCUUUGCUGCCCUUUCUCAGUGGGCGCCUAUGGCAUGGAGCCACCCAGCGCCCCCGAGCAGGGUAUGUGGCAGCUCAUGCUGGUCAUCUUCGUCUCCUACUCCCUAUUGCCCGUCCGCACUCUCCUGGCCGUUGUCUUCGGUUUGAUAGUGUCUGUCUCACAUCUCAUAGUAACUGCCACUUCAGUCAGUGCCAAGAGACAGCCCCUCUGGAAGACGCUUAUGGCCAAUGCUAUCCUUUUUGUCAGUGUAAACUUAUAUGGGGUCUUUGUAAGGAUAUUGACAGAGAGGGCGCAGAGAAAGGCCUUCCUUCAGGCCAGGAACUACAUAGAAGACAGGCUGAAGCUGGAGGAUGAAAAUGAAAAACAGGAACGACUCCUGAUGAGCCUUUUGCCCAGAAAUGUUGCCAUGGAAAUGAAGGAAGAUUUCCUUAAGCCACCUGAAAGAAUUUUCCAUAAGAUCUACAUUCAGAGGCAUGACAAUGUUAGUAUAUUAUUUGCAGACAUUGUGGGAUUUACCAGUUUGGCAUCUCAGUGCACUGCUCAAGAAUUAGUGAAGCUUCUGAAUGAACUCUUUGGAAAGUUUGAUGAAUUAGCCACAGAAAACCAUUGCAGAAGGAUAAAGAUCCUAGGUGAUUGUUACUAUUGUGUAUCAGGAUUGACCCAGCCCAAAACUGAUCAUGCUCAUUGCUGUGUUGAAAUGGGAUUGGAUAUGAUUGACACCAUCACGUCAGUAGCUGAAGCCACUGAAGUAGAUCUCAAUAUGAGAGUUGGUUUGCACACUGGAAGAGUUCUUUGUGGAGUUCUGGGUCUUCGUAAAUGGCAGUAUGAUGUUUGGUCAAAUGAUGUAACUCUUGCUAAUGUAAUGGAAGCUGGAGGAUUGCCUGGGAAAGUGCAUGUAACAAAGACCACAUUAGAGUGCCUAAAUGGUGACUAUGAGGUGGAGCCCGGAUAUGGCUAUGAAAGGAACAAUUUCUUAAAGAAGCAUAAUAUUGAAACCUUUUUCAUUGUGCCAUCUCAUCGGAGAAAGAUAUUUCCAGGGCUUAUUCUCUCUGACAUAAAGCCUGCCAAAAGAAUGAAGUUCAAGACUGUUUGUUAUCUCUUAGUUCAGCUGAUGCACUGUCGCAAAAUGUUUAAAGCUGAAAUUCCCUUCUCCAACGUGAUGACUUGUGAAGAUGAUGACAAGAGAAGGGCAUUAAGAACAGCCUCUGAAAAACUCAGGAAUCGUUCCUCUUUUUCUACAAAUGUUAUAUAUAACACUCCUGGAACCCGAGUUAACCGGUAUAUCAGCCGCUUAAUAGAGGCUCGGCAAACUGAAUCAGAAAUGGCAGAUCUAAACUUUUUUACUCUAAGGUAUAAGCAGAUAGAACGUGAGCAAAAGUAUCACCAACUUCAGGAUGAAUAUUUCACCAGUUCUGUAGUUUUGUCACUGAUUCUAGCUGCCUUAUUUGGCCUUGUCUACCUUUUAAUAAUACCACAGAGUAUCAUAGUCCUUGUUCUCUUAGUGUUUUGCAUGUGCUUCCUGGUGGCAUGCGUCAUGUAUCUACAUGUCACUCGAGUACAAUGUUUUCCAGGGUGCCUGACAAUACAAAUUAGAACCAUUUUGUGUAUUUUUAUUGUGAUCUUAAUUUACUCAGUGGCACAAGGUUGCGUGAUCGGUUGUAUGCCUUGGAUCUGGAACACUAAUUCCAGCAGCUCUAUAGUUAUAAUUUCUUCCAGUGGGACAAAUAAAACAAUGACUGAACUUCCAUGUGAUACAGCCCAUUAUGCAUUUCUCUCCUGUGUUGUGGGGACUUUGACCCUGGCAAUAUUUUUACGUGUAUCUUCUUUGCCAAAAUUGAUCCUCCUAUUUUUUGUUAUGAUUCUCUAUAUAGUUAUUUUGGAGCUCAGUGGAUACCGAAAGGCAGUAGGAGAUGACUCUUUUUAUAUACGCGGCUAUGAACCAGUAUUAGCCAUUUUGCUGUUUUCCUGUGCUUUGGCACUUCAUUCAAGGCAGGUGGAUUUGAAAUUACGUUUGGACUAUCUCUGGGCUGUGCAGGCAGAAGAGGAGAGAGAUGAUAUGGAGAGAGUGAAACUGGAUAACAAAAGAAUACUUUUCAAUCUGUUGCCAGCACAUGUUGCUCAGCAUUUUCUUAUGUCUAAUCCAAGGAACAUGGACUUAUAUUACCAGUCAUAUUCACAAGUAGGAGUGAUGUUUGCAUCCAUACCAAAUUUCAACGAUUUUUACAUUGAACUGGAUGGUAAUAAUAUGGGAGUAGAAUGUUUACGCCUGUUAAAUGAAAUUAUAGCUGAUUUUGAUGAGCUUAUGGACAAAGAAUAUUAUAAAGACAUUGAAAAAAUCAAGACAAUUGGAAGUACAUAUAUGGCAGCGGUGGGUCUUGUGCCAACUACAGAUAGCAAGACAAAGAAAUCAAUUUAUUUCCAUCUCAGUACACUGGCUGACUUUGCAAUAGAAAUGUUUGAUGUUCUUGAUGAAAUCAACUAUCAGUCCUACAACGAUUUUGUUCUUCGGGUUGGUAUUAAUGUAGGCCCUGUAGUGGCAGGUGUUAUUGGUGCCAGAAGACCUCAAUAUGAUAUCUGGGGUAAUACUGUAAAUGUUGCUAGCAGGAUGGAUAGUACUGGAGUGCAAGGUAAAAUUCAAGUUACAGAAGAAGUACAACGUAUAUUGAAAAGGUGCAAUUAUGAGUGUGUUUGUCGGGGGAAAGUCAGUGUGAAAGGCAAAGGUGAAAUGCUGACUUAUUUUCUAGAAGGAAAGACAGAUGGAAAUAAUUCACAAACACGAUCUUUAAACUUAGAAAGGAAAAUUUAUUCCUAUGGGAGAGCAAAUAUUCAGACCAAAUUGGGCACAAGUUGUCCAUCUAUGUGCUCAUCCCCCAGCCUUUCAACAAACACUGGGUCUGGAACACUUCAACCACCAAUAGCACAUACUAAUCUGACUCUCCAUUAUCUUCCUUCUGUGCCAGCUAUAAAAGAGGCAUGAAAGCAAUGAAAAUCUUUGUCCUGUCAUUUGAGAUGAUGUGUACAGCAGAAAUCAUCUUAAAGGUUAAAGGCUGCAGAAUUUGAUAUCAACCAAGAAGUCUAACAACCCAACCAAAGAGAACUUGGGAACCAUUAAUAAGAACUUAUGGGAAGGAUCAAAUAAGGGCUAGCAAUUCUGUUUGAGAAAUCUAAUAUUUAUUCUCUGAAACUAUGGAAUAUUUUAUGAAUAAUUUUAAUGGAUAAAUGAGAUAACAGAGAAGGCACAUCAAUAAGACUGGAUAUUUGCACAAACAACAAGAGAGAUUGGGAUUGUUGCUUCACUAUUGAUUUUCCUGCUGUAAACUAUCAUGGAGAAUGUUGGCAAUAUCCUAUAGCAGAGAGAGCAUUUAUAUGAUCAUAUCCAGGGUGCUUGAUCUAUCAUUUAUAGUUCCUGUUUAAGUCAGAGUGAUGAUAAAUUGAUUUAUAUGAAGAUGUAAGAAAGCAUGGUGGAAUACUUUACCAUAGUAUUAAUAGGAAAAAGAAAUAAAUUUUCAGCACUUGCUGUAAUGUAGGACACAAUAACUCUUAAAGAAAACAAAUGUAACUUUUACAUUUCGCUGUGUUUUGCAUCUUUGAGUGUUUCCUAACUGCAUAGUAAUGAAUCAGAGAUCAGACUGUAAGUAGAUUUAUUGGAGAUAUUGGGUAUUCAUUGAAUUUAUGAUAAUCAUGAAUGGCUUCCUAUUCACACAAAUUUGGAUGGGACAGAGUUUGUCUCAUAUUGUUGCAUAGAAUCCCAUAGAAACAGCAGUUUCCAUAUUGGAGAAGAUAGUAGGAGUAAAAUUGAGUUAACUAUUCCAGGACAGACUGCUACUAAAGUGGCAAUUCUGUGCAUGCCAAAAGAAUAUUAAGCUGUAAAAAAUUAUGCCUUUUCAAUUGGCCAAAUGGUUACUUUAAGACAUUUAUUAAAAGCAAUUGAAUUAUAGUACAUUUGUUAUUAGACACAUAUAUAGUUCUGUUCCCUAAACAGUAUAUAGAUUUGUGAACAAAAGUUUGAUCCUGUCAUGAAAUAGAUCUUUCAGAUCCAGUCCAUAUUAAAGGAUUUGAUGCAAAUCCUUUACAGUUGACUACUGUUUUUGAUUUGUUCUCAUCUCUUUCAUAUGAAGAUUCUCAUUAACAAAUACAUGUUGAUUUUUUUAAUACAAAGUUUAAAUUUCUUAUUUUGAAUCAAUUAAUGUAUUUAAAUAGUGAUGGUUUUAGCAUCUAAAAUGAAAAUACUUUUAAUACUAACAUAAAAGUUUUGGAAAUGUCAGGCAGCCAAAUUUUUUGUUGUAUAAGAAUAUUUUCUUCCAUUUCCUGGCUUUUGAAUUCUGUUUCAAUGCCUUGAGUGCAGCUUCCAAGAAAUGUCUCCAUUGCAAAUUUUGUUAAUAUAACAGGAAUUACUAUAAAGCACAAACUUUCUUUGAAGCUCACACAAAUUUCAAUUUACUUCCUAUAAAAUAUCUAAAGUACUUGUCUUCUUUGUUACUUUUGCUUGAAAUUGAUGUAGUAAAUUAAAUAGCAGAAGAAGACACUGUUCUCAUCUGUAAAAUGGCUGGUGAGAUACUUACAGGAGAAAAACUGAAAGGGAAAUUUCUUGCAGAUUUCAGCUUUACUUUGUACUAGAAAAGCUGAGGCUGCCAAGUAUAUACUUUGCCAUCAUUUUAGCAGAGUUAAGUUCAAAUGUAAAUACCAUUUAUAGGUACUCAGGUCUCUUUGAUCAUUACACAUAAAGAAUAUCCAGAUGUUUGUUUAUAAUAUUAUAAGUCAUUUCUUCUAUUCAUUUUAAUCCUGAUCAAUUUUAUUCAUAUAAGUAUUUCCAAAAUACUAUAGUGAAUAUUUUUCCUUGUUCCUGAUGAAGAGGAAAUACUUACUUUUAAAGUAUGAUAUAACUCAAAAGAAGAAUGUAUAAAAAAAUCUAGAAACUCUGAUUAUGAAAGGUAGGUUAUUGGAAAGAUGAGGUUAUCACUGGUCUUUUUAAAAAAAGAAACCUCUGGAUUUCUCUUUAUGUUGUUCAAGACUAUUAUAAAAAUAUUAGUUUUGCUAUAGUGCAAUCACUUUUAUUACAUUCUUAAUAUUGUUCUUCCAACAAGAGAGAGCAUUGCAUUGUGCUUUCUCUCAAUUUCCCAUUCAUUUAUCUAAAUAUUUUCAGUUUUAUAGUGGAUUUAUUGUCUCUGUGCUUCAUCUGACUUAUCUCUGAGCUUCCAGGAUCACGUUCAUUUUAUUUGCUGGUACAAAGAGACUUUCCUGGAGACUUAGGGCUUUGAUCGAUGAGAGAAAAAACUCUUAUUUUUCUCUAGCAAAUUUUAAGGCAUGCUAGUUGUUUGGAGAUGUCUCUCACUAGCAAGAGAUCAGAAUGUGAUCUCAAUAGUUUGUCUUGUUUCUCUUGAGCCACAGUUUGUCUCUGAUUUAAGAUAUCGCUAUGCCAAAUUUGGGGAAAGAUUUUCAAUGUAAAAACAUAGUCUUUGGAAUUCAGAAAGAGGGCAAAAAAAAUCCAUAUGACUUUGGCACCACACAGAAGAUUUAAUUAUCUAUUUGACACUGACAGUGUCACCAUUCUUUAUUCCACAAAGCACUAUCCCCAAGUCAAGUAAAGGGAUGGAAUUCAUACCAUGUUUCCCUAAAAAUAAGGUCCAGUCUUAUAUUUUUUGGGCCUCCAAAAAAGGCAUUUGGUCUUAUUUUUGGGGUAGGGCUUAUUAUUUUCACAUACAGGAGGCGCACAGGGGCUGACAGGAGUGGGAGCACUCUCCAUCCCACCAUCUGCUGGUGCUGCCAUGAUAAGUUGAGGCGAGGCAGGUGGUGAGUGGGUUGAACUGCUUCCCUCCACCUGCCAGACACCUGCCAAAGCCAUGCAGGAUAAAUGCUGAAAGUGGUCAGGGGCAGUCCCACGCCUGCAUUGCACAGCUGGCAUGAAAGCUGCAGCACCUGCCAGGGCUGAAGAGCAUGGGGCUGCCCCUGCCCCUGGCUCCUGCUGCCAUGGAGCCGGAGAGAUUGCCACACACACACCCAGAUGCCCUCACCUUCUCCAAGUGGUUUUUUCACUAACCUGCUUUUCAGCUGCAUCAUGUUUCUCUGUCUGUUUCUCAGCUGCUGCCAUG